AUGACAACAACCAUAUCUCCCAACAACCCCAAGUCAACCUCACCUGAUCCAUCUUUCCCAUUCCAGCCCCACCCCACUUGGCAAACCAUGCCCCCCUCGCAGAUCCCCUCCAGCACGCCCUACGCCUGGCCCCACGACACCUCCCUCUCACCCGGCACAACCGCCCUCUUGAUAAUCGACAUGCAACACGACUUCCUCUCCCCCAACGGCUACCUCUCCACCCUCUCCCCAGAAACAACCUACCGCUUCGUACGCCUCGUCCCGACCAUCUCGCACAUCCUCACCACCUUCCGCCGCGCCUCGUUCCCCAUAAUCCACACCCGCGAAGGCCACGCGCCGCACCUCGCGACGGUGUCGUCGCGCGAACGGCACCGCUUGCGCGCCAGCGGUGUGCAGAUAGGUGCCAUGGGGCCAAUGGGGAGGUUCCUGGUUCGUGGGGAGGUUGGACAUGACAUUGUGGGUGAGGUUGCGCCGGUGGAGGGCGAGGUGGUGAUUGAUAAGCCGGGGCGGGGGGCGUUUACGAACACAGAGUUAGAUGCUGUAUUGAGGGCGAGAGGGGUGAAGAAUCUGGUGGUCUGUGGUGUUACUGCAGACGCGUGUGUCAGUAGUACGGUCAGAGAGGCGAGUGAUCGUGGGUACGAUGUUCUGGUCGUCGAGGACGGGGUGGAGAGUGUAAACGAUGAGCUGAAGAGGUGGAGCUUGGAGUCUAUCAGGGUGGAAGGAGGGUUGUUUGGGGUGACAGCGAACAGCAAGGCUGUGAUUGAAGCUGUCGAAGCCUGGAUUGGGGCCGGUGCCCGGAAAAGCAGGAAAGGCGAGAAAGAUAGUGUGCGACUGGCGACGCUCCUGUAA